AUGCCAAAUUUCACAGACGUAACAGAAUUCAUUCUUGUGGGGUUGACCAGUCGCCAAGAGCUCCAGGUUCUGUUUUUUGUGGUGUUUCUGGUGAUUUACAUGCUCACUCUGUUGGGGAAUGUUGGUAUGAUCCUUUUGAUUGGCAUCAGCCCCCAGCUUCAGAGCCCAAUGUACUUUUUCCUGAGUCAUCUGUCUUUUGUGGACGUGUGGUGCUCCUCCAAUGUUACCCCCAAGAUGCUGGAAAACUUACUGUCGGAGACCAAGACCAUUUCCUAUGUGGGCUGCCUGGUGCAGUGCUACUUCUUCAUCGCCCUUGUCCACGUCGAGGUCUACAUCUUGGCCGUGAUGGCCUUCGAUCGCUACAUGGCCAUCUGCAACCCAUUGAUGUAUGGCAGUAAAAUGUCCAGGACUGUGUGCCUUCGGCUCAUCUCUGUACCUUACAUCUACGGAUUCUCUGUGAGCUUAAUAUGCACACUGUGGACAUAUGGUUUGUAUUUCUGCGGCAACUUUGAAAUCAACCACUUUUACUGUGCAGACCCUCCCCUCAUCAAGAUUGCCUGCGGCGGGGUGCGCAUCAAGGAGUACACCAUGAUUGUUAUUGCUGGAAUUAACUUCACGUACUCCCUCUCCGUGGUCCUCGUCUCCUACACGCUCAUUGUGGUGGCUGUGCUCCGCAUGCGCUCUGCCGACGGGAGAAAGAAGGCGUUCUCCACCUGCGGGUCGCACUUGACAGCUGUUUCCAUGUUCUAUGGGACGCUCAUAUUCAUGUAUCUCAGGAGGCCGACGGAGGAGUCCGUGGAGCAGGGGAAGAUGGUGGCGGUGUUCUACACCACAGUGAUCCCCAUGCUGAACCCCAUGAUUUAUAGUCUGAGGAAUAAGGAUGUUAAACAAGCGGUCACCAAAGCAGUGGCUAGGACAUGCUCGGGGAAGUGA